GCCGAGUUGCUAGGUUAUGGUGCUGGGAUGUCGAGCUGGAUUGCGGUGUCGGGCUACCAGGUUAUGCUGUCGGAAUGUGCUGAGCUUAUCACUGCCGAACUCCUGGGCUGUGUUGUCGGGCUGUGCCGAGCUUAUCAGCCCCUUCAAGCUGGGCAUACGCAUGCCCAGCUUUGAACGAAGACCAUGAAAAGUAGUGGGUUGGUGCAGCAGUUUAGUAAAGAUGUCGGCUAUUUGAAGGGUAGUUGAAAUGGAAAGUAAUUUCCAUGAAAAGUGGGUUGGUGCAGCAGUUUAGUAAAGAUGUCGGCUAUUUGAAGGGUAGUUGAAAUGGAAAGUAAUUUGAGGAAGCCAUUAGCAACUUUAUCACGAACAAUGUGAUAAUCUAUCUCAAUGUGUUUAGUACCUUCGUGGAAGACUGGGUUUAAGGUUAUUUGGACAGCUGAUUGAUUGUCACAGUAAAGAAGGACAAAGGACAUGGCUUUUAAGAGAAACUUGAAGAUCUUGAAGGAGAAAGGUCAACCAUUGAAGCUUGCAAGUGGUGAUUGUGAGGAUGUGAUAUUCAGCCUCAGAUGAGCUUCAAAAAACAGAUAUCAAGAGGUUGAUUAGUUGGAGAUGGGGAUGGUUUUGCAACAAUAGGAGUAUGAACACGGGCAUUAUUUGAAGGUGUGGAAAAAACACUAGAAGAGGGUCGAAUAGUGUUUUCGUAAUUUUUUCAACUUGCAUUUUUAUCCUAAUAUACGUAAUACUUAUGAGUUGAUAAGCAUGGUUACUAAAUGUUGUCCUAGAGAUAUCAUUUACUUGACCAACUUAGCAUAUCCAAGUUUGAACGUAGGCAUGAUUGUUCUCAAAUUUUCGUUUUCUCUCAUUAUUUCAUUCUCAGAAUCUCUUAAGGGAUUGAAGUUUGAUUGUUCUCACCUUUGAAUCUAUUUCAAACAUUUGUUGAGAAAUAUUUCAUGCUUCCUUGGUUAUUUUCGCCCACAUGAUCCUUGAACAUAUGGCCUGUGAGACUCAUAUAUGAAUCAUCCCAAAAACUUUAACAUUUGUGAUCAUUUUGUUUUUCACUACUGCAUGUUUUGUAAUUGUAGUGACUUGGGGUUGAUCUUCAUACCCUUUUUUUGCAUGAACUCUAAGACAUCUAAGGAGGUAGAGAAAAUUUCAUUUUCAUAGUUCAAACAUCACAGUUUUCUCCUUCAAAUAAUUGACAUUGUUAUAAAUUGUGUGGCUGACUGGAGUGUUUUUUACUACCAUAAUUCUUCACUUUGUUCUUUUUUCUCAAGGAUCUAGAGUUCCAAUACCACUUUGUUGAUGGUGUCCACAGGUGAUAUUGGUAUCUAAUACUCAGAAUUUAAUUUCUACAAAAAUUGUGUAGUAAAAUUUACAAUAAGAGAAAGACAAUUUCGGAGAUGAAUUGGUUUUUAUUUUGAUUAUUCUUUUCUUUCCUUGCUUACUUAUUAUAGGCUUUCAAUAAGCAUUCAAUCUCCACUAAAUAGAGUUAUGUGGUAUUGCAUAAACCCAUCAAUAGAGUUAAGAGUGAUUUUCAGUUGAUUAAUUUUGGUUCACUCUUUAUUGAUACAUUCCAGGUUUUUGUUAUUGAUCUAAAAUAGUAGAAAGUAAAAAAGAAAGCGGUGGCAAUGGAUUCUAAAAUUGGUGGAUCUAUGACUAAAUAUGUUAGAAGUCAAUUAGGAUACAUAACCUCUUACAAAAGUGACCUAGAAAAGCUCAAAACUGAGGUUGAAACCCUGAAGGUUGGAAAAAGUCGUGUACAAGAAACUGUUGAUAAGGCUAAAGGAAAUGGAGAAAAAAUUCUAAAUAAUGUCCAGAUUUGGCUGAAGAAAGUGGAUGCAACAAUUGCUGAGGCAAAUAAUCUUAUUUUCAAUGAUGUCCAAGAAAAUUAUCCGAUACACAUUCCUAAUAUACAGUUUAGGCUCCGGCAUAGCAAGAAAUUGCAAAAGAUGACACGAGAGAUUUAUGGGGUCCUAUCAGAAGGAAACUUUGACAAAAUUUCUAAACCACCAACAAUAAAAGAAAUUCAACAAGUGUUGAAAGAUCCUAAAAUCUAUAAGAUUGGGUUGUAUGGGAUUGAUGGCGUGGGCAAAACAACACUAGUGAAGGAGCUAGCUCGAGAAGUUGAGAAAGAGGGUUCUUUUGAUGUUGUAGCUAUGGCUGAGGUGACUGAUUCUCCAGAUGUGGAAAAUAUUCAAUGCCAAAUUGCUAAUGCCUUGGCUCUGAAAUUUGAUGAAGAGAGUAAAGAAGAGAGAGUGGAAAAAUUGCGUCGAAGGAUAAGCAAGGAGAAGAGUAUUCUUGUUAUUUUGGAUGAUAUUUGGGGGAAAGUUGACUUAGCAGAACUGGGGAUUGAUAAAGGAUGCAAGUUAUUGUUGACGUCUGAACGUCUUAAUGUGCUUAGAUGUCAAAUGGGUACUGAAAAAAAUUUUAAAGUUGAGGUUUUGUCUGAUGAGGAUAGUUGGAAGUUGUUUCAGAAGAUUGCGGGUCAAGCUAUCAAAUUGAUUUCCACAAACAAAAGUCCUUAUGAAUUGGUUGAAAUAAAUUCCAUGGUUGAAGAUGUGCCUAAGUAUUGUAAUGGUUUUCCCCUUUUUGUAGUUGUUGUAGCAAAAGCUUUAAGAACAAAAAACCUCGCUACAUGGAAGGAUGCCUUGAAGCAAUUGAGAGGAUUGAGUGAAAAAGGAAAAUUUGAAGAAGUUGUAUGCCCUUUGGAAUUAGGCUAUCGUUAUUUAGAAAGUGAUGAACUGAAGACACUGUUCUUAUUCAUUGUUUCCCUUGGACCUGGCCGUAUCCACACUGGAGAACUAUUUUCAUGCUAUUGGGGAUUACAUGGAGAUUCCCACGAAUUAACAGAGGCAAGAAAUAAAUAUUACCAAUUUAUUGAUGAUCUUAGGGCAUCUUCAUUGUUGCUUGAAGUUGAAAUUGAGUAUGUUAGAAUGCAUGAUAGUGUUCGUGAUACAGCCAAAGCAAUAUCCUCAAGGACUCACUUGACUUAUGAAGUACAAAAGUUUACACAAAAAGAUCAAUGGGAUAUAGAUCAACUUAAAAAAUGUCAUUAUAUUAACUUGCCUUCGUAUAAUUUAGAUGAGCUUCCUGAGAAACUAGAUUGUCCAGAGUUGAAGCUAAUGUCACUGAAAAGCGAUCUUGGCCACUUAAAAAUCCCUGAUCAUUUUUUUGCUGGAAUGGGAGAAGUGAAGGUUCUUAAUUUACAUCGAAUGAGUUUUGCCCCUUCCCCACCUCCUUCUUUUCGUCUCUUGUCAAACCUUAGAUCAUUGAAUCUAUAUGAAUGUGUAUUGGAUGAUAUAACAAUGGUUGCGGAACUCACAAGUUUAGAAAUUCUCUCCCUUGAAAGAUCUAAAAUUCAAGAACUCCCAAAGGAAAUAGGGCAAUUGACUCAGCUUCGAAUGUUGAAUUUAACAAACUGCUACCAGUUAAAAACCAUCUCCAGAUAUCUUAUAUAUAGCUUAAUGUGCUUGGAAGAGUUGUAUAUGGGGAAUUGUAAUAUCCAAUGGGAGGCUGAAGGAGGAAAAAGCCAAACCAACAAUGCAAGUCUAGGUGAGCUAAGGAACUUGAACCGGCUUACAACUUUGGACUUGUCAAUCCAUGAUACUUCAGUUUUACCUGCAGAUAUGGAUGUAUUUAAACAGCUACGAAGAUACAACAUAUAUAUUGGCAAUAUGUGGAAGUGGUCUUCAUUUUGGUCUGGUGAUGCUCGGGAAAUUUCAAGAACUCUUAAGCUUGUUGACUCUUUGAAUACAGAGAUUUUUUUAAACCAAGGGAUACAAAUGCUAUUCACUACUGUUGAGGACCUGAGCUUAGCUAAAAUAAACUUUGCUGAUGAUGUGUUUUAUAAACUGAAUAGGGAAGCUUUUCAACAUUUGAGACAUUUAUAUGUCCAAAACAGUGAUGCUUUCUGCAAUUUGGAGACACUGAUUCUUUGUGAUCUGCGUAAUAUGUAUGGUCCAUUUGCAAAACAGACACUAGUUCUCUGGAAUCUGCAUAAUAUGGAAGACAUAAGCUAUGCUCCACUUGCAACACAAUGUUUUGAAAACCUGCAAGUUUUUAAAGUCCAAGGUUGUCGUAAGUUGAAGAAAUUACUUUCGUAUUCUGUUGCAAAAAACCUUGCUCAACUUCAACAGAUGGAAAUUUUCGAUUGUACUGCCAUGGAAGAGAUCGUAUGUGAGGAAAAACUUGAGGAUGAAAAUCUGCAUAAUAUAAAAGACAAUGCCAUACAUUGUUUUGAAAAACUCCGAGUUAUUAAAGUCCAUGGUUGUCACAAAUUAAAGAAGUUACUUUCAUAUUCCCUUGCUAAAAACCUUUUUGAACUUCAGGAGAUGGAAAUUUUCAACUGUACAAUUAUGGACGAGAUCAUAUUCGAGGAAAAAUUUCAGGAUGAAAGUCUGCAUAAUGUGAAAGACACUGGCACGGUUAUUUUUGAGAAACUUCAAGUUAUUAAAGUCCAUGGUUGUCAUAAAUUGAAGAAGUUACUUUCGUAUUCCCUUGCUAAAAACCUUUUUCAACUUCAGGAGAUGGAAAUUUUCAACUGUACGAUUAUGGACGAGAUCAUAUUUGAGGAAAAAUUUGAGGAUGAAAGUCUGCAUAAUGUGAAAGACACUGGCAGGGUCUUUUUUGAGAAACUUCAAGUUAUUAAAGUCCAUGGUUGUCAUAAAUUAAAGACAUUACUUCCAUAUUCCCUUGCUAAAAACCUUUCUCAACUUCAGGAGAUUGAAAUUUUUGACUGUACAAAUAUGGAAGAGAUCAUAUCUAAGAAAAAAAUUGAGGAUGAAAAUCUGCACAAUGUUAAAGACUUUGACACACAUUUUCUUGAAAAACUUCAAGUUCUAAAAGUCCAGGGUUGCUAUAACUUGAAGAUAUUACUUCCAUAUUCCCUUGCUAAAAACCUUUCUCAACUUCGGGAGAUAGAAAUUUUUGACUGUACAAAUAUGGAAGAGAUCAUAUCAGAGGAAAAUUUUGAGGAUGAAAAUCUGAAUCAUAUGGAAGACAUUGGUACACAUUUUUUUGAAAAACUUCAAGUCAUUAAUGUCAAAAGUUGUUAUAAGUUGAAGAAAUUACUUCCAUAUGCCCUAGCUAAAAACCUUUCUCAACUUCAGGAGAUGAAACUUGAGGAUGGGAAAGAAUUUCCCAAGAUCGUGCUCCCUAAAUUGCAUUCUCUUACAUUGGAUACACUUCCUAAUCUUUGCAGUUUUAGUUUGCCAUUGGAAAUAGAUAAGGAUGAUGGAUCAAUUCCUUUGCCAUUAUUCAAUCAAAAGGUUACUUGCCCAAACUUGGAUAUGCUGGUUAUCAUCAACUUGAAUCGUUUGAACUCAAUAUGGUACAAUCAACAAGCUCCAAGUUCUGUAAGGAAUUUGAAAACAAUAAAAAUUACUAGAUGUAAUGCCUUGCAUCAUGUUUUUCCAACUGCUGUGGCUAAGGAGCUUCUCCAGCUCCAAGUGCUGGAAAUAUCCACAUCUAUGAUAGAGAUGAUUGUUGAAGAUAAUUAUAUUCAAGGCCCACCAGAUAACAUUACUUUCACAAAAUUGGAGCAAUUAAAAUUGGAAUACUUACCAAGGCUCACAAAGUUUUGCCAAGAAAGUUACAACUUCAAAUUUCCAUCAUUGCAAACAGUAGAGGUGAUUGGAUGUCCCAAUUUGAAGUUUUCUGGUCAUCUAAACUUCACAAGCAUAGCACAGCUUGAAUGGAGAGCUAAAAAUGGUCGAAAGGAUGAUGAGCUUAAUAAUCUGUUCAACGAAAAGGUUGCAAUGCCCAACCUUGAAAACUUGAGGUUGUCUAACAUCGGUUCAUAUGGGAAGAUAUGGGAUGAAAAAUGGCGAGUCCCCUUUUUCAGUGAAAACUUGAAGUAUUUGAUAGAGGACGAAUAUCAUAAUCACACAGAAAGUUUGUUCUCAUCCUCGACUGCUAGAGAACUAACAAAAUUGAAACUUCUUGACAUUCAAUCUUGCCCUGCUUUGGUGCAGAUAUUUGUCCAACAAGAGGAGGUUACAUUCCAAAACUUGGAGACACUGCUUAUCAAUGACAUGAGUGGUUUGCGAUCAAUAUGGAACAACCUGCAAGGUCCAAGUUCUUUUCACAAACUGAAUAAAAUACAAAUUAUUGGAUGUCAUGCCCUGCAUCAUGUAUUUCCAGUUGUUGUGGCGAAAGAGCUUCAACAGCUUCAAGAGCUUCAAAUAUCAAGGUCUAUUAACAUAGAGAACAUUGUUGUAAAGAGUCAUAGGGGUGGUGCCUUUGGCAAGCAUAAGAAUAAAAGUCAUCCAUUUUUUAAGAAAAUUGAAGAAAAUACAGAUGAUGAUGAUGAUGAUGAUGAUGAAGUUUUUAUGAAAUUUAAAGAAAAUAAAGGCGAUGAUGCAAAUGAGAUAGUUUUUAUGAAAUUGAAAGAAUUGUACUUGGAGAACUUACCGAAGCUUAGAAGCUUUUCCAAGAAAAGUGACAACUUCAAGUUUCCAGCCUUUGAAAAAGUUACAUUCCCAAACUUGGAGAAACUGAUAAUUAGUGGCAUGAGUGGUUUGCAAUCAUUAUGGAACAAACUACAAGGUCCGAAUUCUUUUCACAACUUGAACAAAAUACAAGUUACAGGAUGUCGUGCCUUGGUACAUGUUUUUCCAGUUGUUGUGGCUAAGGAGCUUCAACAGCUUCAAGUGCUUGAAAUAUCAAGGUCUAUUAACAUAGAGAACAUUGUUGUGAAGAGUCAAAGUGGAGGUGCCCUUGGCAAGCAUCAGAAUGAAAGUCAUCCAUUUUUUAAGAAAUUUGAAGAAAAUACAGAUGAUGAUGAUGUAGUUUUUAUGAAAGUUAAAGAAAAUAAAGGAGAUGAUGUAAUUGAUAUAGUUUUUAUAAAAUUGAAAGAAUUGAAAGUGAAAACUUCAAUUUUCCAGCCCUCGAAAAAGUACAUGUGA